CACAAAGGAUUCUGGGAAGGCAAAAAGAAAGCUGAUCGGUUUCUUUGUGUUUUGCCCAUUGAUAAUCUUGAUUGAGCACCUGUGCGCCCUUUAAUUCAGGCUUUAUGGAGAAUCAAUGAAAGAGGACUACUAGCAGCAAACAACAGUGACGGACAAAAAAUUCCAGACAGGCGCCCCAGACAGUGUUGGACUUGCUUGGGCAUCAAACAAACAUGUCCGGUGACCAGAGUCCUAGCAAAUACUCAGCAGAGAAGUCUGACAGUACCCUUGAUAUCAAGGAAGAGCCAUAUGAUCAUGAAAUAUGUGACAGGGCAAACCAGGAUGCUCAGAACAUGUCAAUUGAAGAUUUAGAGACAACUCUGGACAAUAUUCUUGUUAAUAAUGUUUUCCCCACUGAUACAGACAUGAAAACAGAAAAAGAAACAGAAGGGUGUGAACAAAGUACCUUGUGUGGAGAGGGCUCAAACAGUAAUACUGUGCUUCCAGAUAUUAAGUCAGAAAAAGGAAAUGAAAGUGUCUGUAUCAAGGAGGAGCCAGAUGAUCCAGAGUAUGAUGCUAUGGAUGAUAACACUGACAUCCCAUCACUUACAACAGAGGACCAAGAGAAAGAACAAGAUUCUGUCAGGAACUCUGAAACAGAAAAUGAAAGUGUCUGUAUCAAGGAGGAGUCAAAUGGUCCAGAGUAUGCUGAUGUUCAUCAUACAUGUAUAAAGACUGAUGACCAAAAUGAAGAACAAGAUUCUGUCAGGAAGUGGACAGUUACAUCAUCACAUCUAGUGCCUAUGGAUGAAACAGGGAGCCACACAACUCAAACAUGUUCAGUGGAUGAAAAUACUAAUAUUGGUACCCAGUCAUUAUCAAGGGAUGAAGAUGUACAAGGCAUGGAUCAGUCCUCCAUGGAGGCAAGGAGCGGAACAUCAUGUGACCUUCAUGGGUCCAUUGCAGGACAGGUCAAACGAGGUCAUCAAGAAUCUGCAGUUGGAAUCUCUAAAAGUAAAAGGCAAAAACAAGGACACGUCACAACACCUGAGAGUACAAUUGUCAAGCAGGAGUGUGAGGAGGGAGAUGAUGCUAAUAACAGUAAAGUUGACAACAGCACACCUCUGAAGUGUGUAUUCUGCAAGUCAAUUUUUCCCAACAAGGCUCUGUUAGGAGCUCACCGUUGCAAGGCUGCCAUCUACCUUCACAUGCCCUCGGCAGGACAGCUCACGCAAACAUCUCUGAAAUGUAAAUUCUGCUUGUCAACGUUUCCCAGAAUGAUUCUGCUAGAAGCUCACCGUUGCAAGGCUGCCAUCUACUUCUGUAAGAUCUGUUCCCAUGAGAGUACCAGACCACGCGAGCACACCCUGAUGCCGCUCUCUGAAGCUGAACAUCAUUUCCACAUGCACUUCCAUCCGGGUUACUUUGAAAGAAAGGACCCCGCUAUUAAGGAGAAGUUAAACUUCAGGCUUCAAUUCCCUGAAGAGCUGCAAGGGAAACGGGCAACCCUGAAGUAUUCGGAGGUACCUCUUCUGAAGGACCUGUACAUCGGUGUGUCUCAGUCUGGGGGGGAUGAUCGACAUGCCUGUGGUCUGUGCGAUGCAUCCUUUACUACAGUGGGUGCUCGAGUGCAGCACGUCAAAACUCACUUGGACCACAAGUAUCAGACAUGCGGCGGGACCAGUUGUAUAAGGACAUCCUACGCCUGUUGUCAACACGACAGGCUUCUCUGCCAUAUGUUUCGAGCACACUGUGACGUAGUGAAGGAAGAGUCGGGGUAUGUGUUCAAGUGCAAGCUUUGCACCAUGCAGUUUCAGGACCGAACAGAGUUGGAGUGGCAUUUCUACUCGCACAUGAAACCAGAUGUGAAGCUUGCAACAGCAGCUCAGGAAAACUCCCUUGGUCAACCACAAAUGGAUUCAGAGUCAGAAGCUGCUGGUAAAGUUCAGUACUUCCAGUACUUCAGAUGCACCAUAUGCAGUUUUGAGUCUGUGGAAAGUACUACGUUACAACAUUACACAGCUGCAAAGGCAUGUGAACACUUAAGCUGGCACUGGCGGAAGCAACUUCCUCCAGAAAUUCGGAAGACUCCAUGUGUUUUCGACUUUGGGAAAGACUACGAGACAAUCCGUUCCAUGUACCUAGCCCCGCAUAAACCUGGGCUAAAUGUGAAAUGCAAGUUCUGUGGUAAGAAGGUCUCUGUAGGAGGCAUACGCAAACACAUGGGGGCUUGGCACAAAGAGUACCUAAAGUCACCUUUACGCUGCAUGCAGCCAGAGUGCAAGCAUCUACAGUUCAUAAGGAAGCCAGACUUCUUUGGUCACAUGUUCAUGCAGCACGUCAGCGUUCUGAAGAGGGAAACGUUCAUGUUCUUGUGUCUGAUCUGCCAUAAGACGUUUCAGAGUCGAGGUCAGAUGGAAUGGCACUGCUACUUCCACACUCAAUGAAGAUGAACAUUGAAAAACAAAACUCAGUUGACAUGUGUAUAAGGAUUGGGUUAGACAUUGGACUUACUUAUCAUAUAUACUACAACUAGAAAGGUAACAUCUGCAAAGCAAAUGCAUUAUGUUUACCUUCACAUGGCCCAGCUUAACAAACUACUGUUUUGUUUAUUCUUACCCAAACACACUCAUAUAUAUGGUGGUCACGCAGCCCCUCUUGAACUCAGCUCUGUAUGGCACAUCAUCAUGUAACCCAACACCAGUUACCAUGGUGACAGACGUCUGGUCGUUGUAAUUGACCUUAUUUAUUUAAAGGAGAAGAGGAAGAAGAAACUGAGUAAAAACAAUAUGUCCUGCGAUGAUAAAACAUAAUGAAACACUAACAAAUUCUACAAUGAAAUGAGUCUAAGGAAACAUGAUACAGCUGAGCAGUAACCAUCUUUAUAUUAAUUAUGUGCAUGGUUGAGUCAAAAUCAAGUUGUCCGUGUGUAGGCAGUGGAAGUAUCUCCUCUCUUCACUAUGGGUCAAAUAACUCCUGUUGAUGGUGUGUGGAGUUUAACACUACACCAGAGCUAAUUUACACAAUUGAUUGGUCACUUUAAUUAACGGUUAAUAGCAUGUACAUAGCUUGUUCAUAGCCGGACAUCCGGCUAACAGCAAAAUAAUCCAAUCAGUUAUUUAUCCUGACUGUUGUUUUUAGUAGCAGUAAACAGCACAGAAACUUUGUACACAGAGAAAAUAUUUCCUCGUGAAUCUGAGCUCAGCUGAACUCAAACGUCAUUGAAUAUAUUGACACUGCCAUCUAGCGGAUGUUAAACGUACUGCAGUGAUUCUGAAAAAAAAGCACAAAGGAUUCUGGGAAGGCAAAAAGAAAGCUGAUCGGUUUUCUUUGUGUUUUGCCCAUUGAUCGAGCACCCGUGCGCCUUUAAUUCAGGCUUUAUGGAGAAUCAAGGAAAGAGGACUACUAGCAGCAAACAACAGUGACGGAAAAAAAUUCGGGCGCCCCAGACAGUGUUGGACUUGCUUGGGCAUCAAACAAACAUGUCCGGUGACCAGAGUCCUAGCAAAUACUCAACAGAGAAGUCUGACAGUACCCUUGAUAUCAAGGAAGAGCCAUAUGAUCAUGAAAUAUGUGACAGGGCAAACCAGGAUGCUCAGAACAUGUCAAUUGAAGAUUUAGAGACAACUCUGGACAAUAUUCUUGUUAAUAAUGUUUCCCACUGAUACAAACAU